GACAUUGAAUUCAGUUGUCUUUAAGAGAAUGGCAAUGCAGCUAGCAACUUCAGUUUCUGCCACUAAACUCACAUGCUAGCUUCUGCAUGCUGUUCUCUCGCCACCUUGUAAACUGAAGAUCUCGUUGUAGCUUUAUUUAAGUAAUCUUCUUUACUCAUCAUCAAGGUCAUUGAGUACAUAUAUAUUUGAGUUAUUAUGGGUAAAAAUGUCGAGGAAAGAAAUUCAGAUGUGGAGAACCAGGUAGAAGAGAAAACAGACAGGUCGAGGCUCAUAUUAGGGUUUAGGGUGAAUGCAUAUGAAUUUCAUUUGUUGCGUGUUUCCCAGAAAUGAACGUUCGAAACCAAUGGCUGGAAAUGAGACGAGUGCCCAAAAACCGGAAGAUGAAGGAAAAAAUAGGAGAAAAAAAAUAAAGGACAUUUUUACUGUGCAUCAGGCGCCUUACCUUCGAAUGUGGAACAUCAUAUUUGUGAUAUCAUGUGUAUUUGCUGUCUCCAUGGAUCCUUUGUUCUUUUAUGUUGUAAUCAUCGAUCAGGAUAAAAAGUGCCUUCAAAUGGAUAAAACGUUGAGAAUUGUUGCUCUUCUUAUGCGAUCACUCACAGAUGUCAUUUUCCUGAUGCAUUUUAUAUGUGAAAUUUGUGACUCUGUUCAAAAGACAAAAUCGGAAAGAAACUCAGGGACUGGUGUGGAUGGGCCACCCUCCAAAACAAAUACCCUAAAAAAUGGACUCUCCGCGGCAGUGGAACAAACCAGGAGAAAUUCGAGUAAGACAAUGGAAACAAAGCCGAGGACUUCCAAAACGAAUAAAAAUGGACCAUCCGCGGAGGUGGAACAAACCGGGGGAAAUUCGGGUGAGAAAUCGAAAAUCAGAGAGUUGAUUCAAUAUGCCAGGGAAAUGGCUCAGAAUAUGUCGUCGUUAUCCAUCAUAUUAGACGUUUUAGCUCUUCUUCCCCUCCCACAACUGCUAAUAGUGUUUUACCCAAUGAAACGCUCAGGAUUUGUGGAACACCAAAAGGUUGUGAAUGUGUUUUUUCUCGGUCAAUAUGUUCCGAGGAUUUUUCGAAUUCACCUGUCGGCCAAGGUAUUCAAUAGGAGUAAUGGGAUAUGGGCUAAGAGUCUAUUCAACUUGUUUCUCUACAUUCUUGCCAGUCAUGUACUUGGAGCUUUUUGGUACGUUUUUUCUAUUCUACGAGAGGUAUCAUGUUGGUACGAGACUUGUGUAAAUCGUAGUAUAGAUCUCAGAGAAUGUACGGAUGCUUUCUACUGCGAUAGUCGGAGUACUACUGCAAGAAAUAUAACACUUCUAAACGAGCAUUGCCAGUUGGAUACUCCAGAUGGUGCUUCAUCUUCAUUUAACUUUGGAAUAUUUCUUGAUUCACUUAAGAAUCAAAACACGGAGCAUAAAAAGUUUAUCAAGAAGUUCCUUUACUCUUUCUGGUGGGGCCUGCGAAAUCUAAGUAAUUUUGGGACGAAUCUGACAACAAGUACGUAUGUCUGGGAAAACUUGUUUGCAAUUCUUAUUUCUUUCAUUGGCUUGCUACUGUUUUUAUAUCUCAUCGCCAAUGUACAGACUUUGAUACAGAUGGAGGCUACAAAAUCGGAAGAGACAAGACGAAAGAUUGGGAUAAAGAAGGUAGAUGUACGCACGUGGAUAUCCGUAAAUAAAUUCCCUGAUAAUAUCAAGAAAGAAAUCGAGAAUAGCAUAGAGCAAGCAUGGGUAAAAGACAAAUAUGCUGAUGUCCACAACCCAUUCCUUAUUCUUCCCAAGCAAACCAAAGACUCUGUAAAAUGCCAUCUUUUCAUGGAUACACUUAGAACAGUAAAAGUGCUUAAGCACAUGGAUGAAUAUGUGUUGACGCUGCUGUGCAACUAUCUAAAGCCAAUGACGUACAAUGAGAAUAGCUUUGUUUUUCGAGCGGGAGAUCCACUCGAUUGUAUGGUGUUUAUUAUCGAAGGGACAAUGUGGACCUACGCAUCGAGUGAUAGUCAAGUUGGGCGAGGAAUCUCAUCAAUGGCCAUCAAGCGCCUCGGGAAAUGUCAAUUUUACGGGGAAGAGCUUCUGGAUCGGGCAUCAGACUGCUUCACAGAACUUCCAGUCUCCAGCAAACAUGUCAAAAGUCAGACAAAAGUAGAAGCAUUUGUGCUCAUGGCCAAGGACUUGGAAACUGUAGUCUCCAGAUGCCCACUACAGUGGGAGAACGGCGAAAAGAAGGGUUCUCAAGAGGUGAAGGACAUGGCAGCUUCUACCAUAGCAAUAGCAUACCGUCGCAAGGUUCUAAAAGAUGUUAGACCUUACUCAAGCGGCGUGUUGGGGCCUAGCGCUUAGGCAGUUAGGCAGAGUCUAGGUGGAUGACAUAUAUAUUAUAAAGUAUUGGAAUAUAACGAAAACAUGAGGAACAAACAUAUAAUAUGUGUUUAUUUGAGUGUUUAAUAAGUCCCUUACAAUUUAUUAGAAACAAUAAAAUGCAAAAGGAAAGUUAUCUAUUUUCUAUCUAAAUGAGUUGCAAUCUAGGCAGGUGUUUAGGCGGGUCUGGAUGGGCUAGGCGGGUGUCUAGAUGGUCUAGGCCGGCGCCUCAGC